AUUGGUGGGGAGAUGGAUUUCCGGCGUUACCUGCCUCGAGACGUCGUCAUCUCUAGGGAAGAACACGAUGAGGCGUUGGAUCAGUUCUUCCGGUACCAUGCUUCGUGGGGUCAACAGACUCAUCCGGUCCACUUCCGUACCGAUAUGCAACUCGCCCUCUCUCCUGCAUCCACCUCCUAUUCAUCCUCUUCAGCCCGCGCACGGACGGCCCACUACUCGCCCAUGCUGCACAAUGCCAUCCUCUCGAUCGGUCUCCGCUUCCUUUCCCAUUCUUCCUCCCAUUCCAACCACGACCUCUCUUCUCUGGACACCCUUCGCAAGUUCUCUGACGAGGCCAAGAAACACAUGCGGACCGAAGGGAUGAACCCCAGCGUGGCCACCGUGCAGGCAUUGGCUCAUCUAGCUUCACAUCACAACCUGAUGGCGGAACAUAACCUUGGGUGGUUACAAAUCGGGAUGGCCGUACGGUGCGGAUUGACACUUGGGCUGAAUGUCGAUCCGGCGCUGCUCGUGCGGAGCGGCAGGUUGACCGAGGUGCAGGCAAGAGAUAGAAACGUUACCUACUGGAUGACUUUCGUACAAGAAGGACUUUGGGCGCCCUAUAUCGGACGACCCGUCAAUUGGCCCGCUCAUACUACCACUCCACCCUCGAUCGACACCAACCUCGAUCAAUUGCCCUGGGUGGCCCCUUCAGGUAGACUCGCGCUCGAUAGUCAACCGGGGAUGAUCAGUUCGGCCUUUGUAGAGACCGUCAAACUCAUGGCUAUCGGAGACAAGAUCCUCAAUACUCUUUAUGGUAUUACAGCAGACCUCGUCGCACUGAGUCGUUCUGGAGCCAUCAGUGAUAUUAGGCGAGUCGGAAUCAGCUCGAUACGACUGCAUGAAGCUAAUACCAUCGUCCUUGUCGCUAGCCUGAGUCUCAGUACCUGGUUGGAGGCCUUGCCGCCUGCCCUCAAGCUGAACAGUCAUUCGAUCCGGAGCGCCCUUCCGCACAUCUUGACCAUGCACAUAAGUUGGGCCUCGUUCAUGAUCAUGCUCCACAAGCCGUUCUACCGCCCGCUCGUAAACUUGCCCACAACUGGAAAUGGAGAACAGCCUGCAUCGAAUCACAACGCUAUGCUCGCCGUCAAGCAAUGCGAUCGAGCUGCUGUGCAAAUCGGAUCCCUACUUCAGACAUGGCACAAACUCCACGACCUCCGCUUCGCACCGCCCUGCAUCCUCGAAAGCUGCUUUACAGCCGGAACCACCCACUUGCUCGCCUACACAUGUGCGCGGACGCAGCGCAAACAACUCGAGGCGCUCGCUAGGGCGAAAGAGUGUACCCGGCUGAUGGAGACCAUGGCUGCCUCUUGGCCUGCGGCACAGCAGAAGCAUGAGCUGUUGGAACAGCUUACGGCGCAAUACAUCGCAAAGAACCCGCCAGAGAUCUCGAGUGAGGAACGUGAUGAGGGCUUGAAGGGACAUGCGGACCCACCUGUUGUCGAUCUCGCUGAGUCGUUCGGGACGGUGAAUCCUUACGGCUCGGUAGAAGAGCCGGAAACUGGGUCCAUCGCGCCUUCUGCGGCCACUCCGAUACAACAGAUCCGCUCCCCGGCACAUCCACGACAA